GUCACGUGAUUUGUUUACGUGGAUAUUAUCGUAAGAAGUGAAUGAAUGAAUAAACGUUUGAAUAAUGGGAGCAUCUUUUCUUAUCUCAAAAUGCCGUUUCUAAAUGACUUAAUGAUACUGAUAUAUUAUGGGUGUAUUAUAAUAUGAAUGACCGAAAAGGACUGGAGAUAGGAAAUUAAUUUACAACGUGACGAUAACAUGGAAGUAUGAGCGACGAAGAAGCCGGAGUUUCUCAUGGAAAGACUUCUGAUCCUAGUAUAUUGAAGGAAUAUCUGGAUACUAAUGGCAAAAUGAGUUUAUUUUACCUGGUGGCUUGUGUAACAGGAAUUUUCCUACUUCUACUUUUUUGCGUCAUUGUUAUGCUCAUCAAAAACCGGCGCAAACACCGGUCACCCUCGGACUUCUUCCUCACAGAGCCACACGAGGGGAGAUCAUCUUGCAAAUCCGCACCUAUGUCAAGGAAAACGUCUCCAGUUAGAGAAAAGCGGAAGUCGUGUCCCGACACUUAUGGUGCUGUUGACGAAGCCAUUGCAAGGUCAAGCACGUUUGACAGUCUACCUAACAUGGAGAUGGAAUGGGUACAACCUUCACCGGAAGGAGAAAAAUCAAAAAGCAUGACGGCGCUACAAUACCAGGCUAGCUUCCUAGGAGCACAUCCACAAGUUUCUCUUACAAGAAGUGAAAGUGAAAACUUGGUAGCAGAAACUUCAUCUCCAAGUGAUCAUGGCCGGAUAUUGUUUACCGUACUAUUUGACGUCACAACAAAUACCCUUUUGGUAACCUUGAUAAAGGUCAAAGAGCUGCAAGGCCGAAACUCGAAUGAAAACUACAGAGAUCCAUUCGUUAAAAUGUUCCUUUUACCAGAUGAAAAUAUAUGUCAUACUUCUAAAACUGUGAAGAAAACACUCAAUCCAGUAUUCAACGAAACCUUCAAUUUUGAGGUAAAUUACGGGGAUAUUAAAAACAGAAGUCUAAGAUUUUCCGUAUAUGAUGUAGACAGACGCCGAUUACGUCAUACACUAGGUCAUGCGAUUGUGCCACUUCAAGACGUCAACAUCAGUUCUUCUGGAGUGAUAUCAAAGGAUUUAGAACUAGAAAUAAAUUAUGGGUCGUCUGUUGGUGAUUUGAACAUUGCAUUAUCGUAUCUUCCACACACAGAGAGACUAAAAAUUGUCAUCCUCAGGGCCAGAAAUAUCCGUCCAAAACCUGAUCCCGAUACAGGUUUUCAUGUACGCCUUUUGCUUUACUAUGGCAACAAACUAGUGAAAAACAAACGUACACUAACGCAGAUGGCUUUACCGGAAGUCAAUUUCAACGAGUCUUUUGCUUUUAGCACAACAAACAAAAGCAUCGAAAAUUUCAACUUUGUCGUAACUUUAGUGAAGACAAACAGACAAGCAAUAUCUAAUGACGUCGACCUUGGUCACGUGACUCUAGGAUCAUUUAUGUAUGCACGAGGUGCAGGAUUAAUACAUUGGCAAGAAAUGUUAGCUAAAACCAGAAAUGUGGUGACCAAGUGGCAUCAACUUAGCGUGCCAGUGUAGUGUAUUCAAUGCUGACUGGUUAGCUAAAUGUCACGUGUGAUUUGCCUGCGUAACGUCACCUAAACAAUAAAAUAAAGCAAAAGGUAAAAAAUCCAAACUUAGACGACUCCAAAGCAAGUUUCCAAGUUUCCAAGUUUAUUAUUGAUUUCUCAGUAUGUACAAAGCAUAAACAUGAGAUUCACAUUCUAAUAAAUAACAAUAAUAAUCAAUAGAGGACAACUCUUACUCAAAAAAGUGAAGGAAUCAUAAUUGGGGUUGUGUUCAAAAUCAAUACAGUAAUUUAUUACACAUCAUAUCAAAUUUAGUAAUUAAGAUCCAACAUUUGGUUCUAAUUUUAGUGCCUCGUUACCUAUUCUAUAAUUAGAAGUUUUAAUUACCUCAUCAUCCAUCAUUGGCUAGGUUUUUGAUUGGUCAGAUUAAUUGCACGCGCUUAGAACUGUGUAGCAUAAUGACCAUAAAUAUGUUACUAGGUCAGACAUUUGAGUUAUUGUGUCAUAAUCAUUGACCGUGAGAAUUUUGAGAAAAGCAUGCGUUAUUUACUUUUAAAAUCCCUCACACGUGGUCUGCCGGUAAAAACUUUGUUCCGUGAUUAAAUGGGGGUCAAAUGAGUGUCACCAAAUGGUGUUAAUGUGGACAGGGAUGUUAAUUAAUAGAAUUCGCAGCAGAUGUGUCAUUUAUAUGUGGAAUUUAUAUUUAAAAUCUAUGGAAAAAAAGCAUUCUCAAUUGGAAUUUUACCAGAGCUUUACAGUAUGUCAUGCCAUAUGCUUUUGGUCUUUACUAUAAACUUAUUAAAUGGAUUGCAGAUGAAUAAUCAAAUAUAUUAAAAUGUAAACUUCUAUUUUGUCUCACACUGGCAAAUAGCACAAGUUUGUAUAAGACGUCACAUAAAAUAUGACAGGUUUUGGUUUGAAAUAGAUUAUGGAUCUUAACGAGUCUGUUAACAUGCUGUCUUUAGUGCAGGGUUGACUGUUGACUCUUUCUCUUGAUAAGCCGUUUAAUUACAUUAAAAAGGUUAUUCCCUUCAUUUUUAUUAAUAUUAGACUUUACAGCAUGAUAAAGUUUUAAGUUGUCGGAAGUACUUGUGGAAACAUGUAGAUUCCUGGCCAUCAAUUGCGCAAGGAGGACUGAAAUGUGUUUACUGCACAAAGGCUGUUGUAAUAGGAUUGUUGUACCCAGAGACUGUACGAUAAUACAUCAUGAUAAAUGAAUGUUUUAGGUCACACUUGCAACCAUAUCAAAUAUAUAAGGCAGCUAAUAAUUGGUGUGGAGUUUAUUUAGGAGUGCGCCUUGAUGUCAGAGAGCGGGUCAUAUUUCAAAACGAUAUGUUGUUUUGCAAACUUUGUUCAGUUAUAAUUACUGUCAUAAUUAUUCAUAUAUUGUAAGGGUAUUUUAGACGUAAUUGUUUCUUGAUAACACGAAAAUGCAUGUUCAAUAAAUUUAAACCUUAAAAUCUACAAAUCGUCUAGAUGGAAAUUUUGGACACGACAACUUCGCUCAUCAAGAAGGGGAUGGGUGAAUGGAGUGUGGGUGUGCGGGUGUGCGCGAUUUUCUAAGUGUUGAAGUAUCGUGCUGAUAGUGCGUUGUCUCGCUGUAUUUCAUGCAGUGCCAUAAUUUCGUUUAUUUUCCAUGUUGUAAAAUUGUUUACAUUUAAGAUUGAUACGAAGUGUUUUUCUUUUACCUUAAGUUUCCUUUUACUGAGAGAGUUUUUGUUUGAGAUACAUUUCAUGAAAAAUAUUUUUGAGAGUAAUAAAAAAGAUUUUACAGUCA